UACAUUUAUGUAACGUGCUUUUAGCUCACAAAUGAGAAUUUUAAGUUAACAGAAUUUUAUUGUAUUAAAAAAAGUAAAAUUGUUUUAUUUCAAUCUAUUUUCUUGUAAUUAAAUAUGCCUAUAACGUGUUCUAAAUGCAGAAAAAAUCCCGCUACUGUGAAACGUCCGAAAACAGGACAUGCUGUCUGUAAAACCUGUUUCUUUGAUGUAUUUGAGACGGAAGUUCAUGAAACAAUCACGCGAGGGAAUUUAUUUAAAAGAGGAGAAUAUGUAGCAAUAGCAGCAUCUGGUGGAAAAGAUUCAACAGUUUUAGCAUAUGUUAUGAAGACUUUAAAUGAUCGUUAUGAUUAUGGUUUGAAACUUGUACUUUUAUCAAUUGAUGAAGGUAUUACUGGAUACAGAGACGAUUCUUUGGAAUCUGUAAAAAGAAAUGAAAAAGAUUAUGGUAUUCCUCUGAAAAUUUUGUCAUAUGAGGAUCUAUAUAAUUGGACUAUGGAUAAAAUUGUGAAAGAAGUUGGUUUAAAAAACAAUUGCACAUUUUGUGGUGUCUUUAGAAGACAAGCUCUCGAUAGGGGUGCUGCAUUGCUUGGUGUAGAUAAAUUGGUCACUGGUCAUAAUGCGGAUGACAUUGCUGAAACUGUGAUAAUGAAUGUUCUCAGAGGUGAUAUAGCAAGACUUCAAAGAUGUACUGGUAUUACUACUGAUACUGAAGGUUUGAUCCCUAGAUCUAAGCCUUUUAAAUAUACAUAUGAAAAAGAAAUCGUUAUGUAUGCUUAUUUUAAAGAAUUAGACUAUUUCUCAACUGAAUGCAUAUAUUCACCAAAUGCCUAUCGUGGGCAUGUACGAGCAUACUUAAAGGAUUUAGAAACAAUAUCUCCACCUGUCAUAUUAGAUAUUAUACAUUCAGGUGAAUGCAUGAGGUUAAAGAAGGAAAUCAAGCUACCUCCACAAGGCUUGUGUAAAAAGUGUGGAUACAUAUCUAGCCAAGAAAUUUGUAAAGCAUGUGUUAUGUUGGAAGGUUUAAAUACAGGAGUACCAGAGCUUGGCAUAAAGAAAAGCAGUAAAGUCAAAGACAAGAUUGAGAAAUUAUCUUUACAAUGCAAUGGUGGUAGUUGCAAUUCUGGUGGAUGUACUGCAUAAAACUUGCUAUCCUUUCCAAUAACACAUUGAAAAUUUUGUACAAAUAUUUAUUGUAAAUAAAAUUUUUAAAGAUAUUUUU